AUGCCCGGAAUGCGCAGCAAAGGUAGUUUAGUCGUCCCAAGUAAGGUACCGCUUGACUACCAAAACCCUACUUUGGGUCGAGCUUCUGUUCCACUCCUUAAGGUCCCAGCCCAAGCCAACUCUUCCGAUGGCGCUUAUCAGGGCAUGUUGCUUUUGAAUCCCGGUGGACCUGGUGGUUCCGGUGUAAGCGAAGCUCUGAACAACGGGUCUCUCAUCCAGGCUAUCCUAGGGACCAAUUGGGACAUCAUCGGAUUUGAUCCCAGAGGCAUGUGGCUCAGCCAACCCCUGGCCAACUGCUCAACCGGCAUAAGUACGAACCAGAGUAUUGCAUUGAGCUCCAGAUCAGUCCCGAGAGUCACGGAUGAGUUCUACAACAGUCAAAUUCAGUAUGGCAAGGAGGUUGGGGCGCAGUGUGAGCAACUCACAGGAGGAGACCAGGAUGCCGGUCCGCACAUGUCCACGGCAGUCAAUGCAAGAGACAUGGUCAGCAUCGCCGAUGCAUUCGCAGAAACGGCAGACGGCGCAAGAGCCUCCAAGCCCAGCCACCUCGUGAACUACUAUGGACGAAGCUACGGGACAUUUAUUGGCCAAACGUUCGCUUCUAUGUUUCCCGAGCGCGUAGGAAAUGUGGCUCUGGACGGCGUGGUGGGCCCUGAGAGCUACUUGACUAAUUACACUACCUCUACUUUUUUUCACACGGACGGAGUCAUCGCCGCUUUCUUCGUAUACUGCCACGAGGCGGGACUUUCGCAGUGUUCUUACUAUACCGGAUCUACCGCAAUGGAUAUCUAUGAGCGCUUCAAUGCCUCGUUCAUACAGCUUGAUCCUCGGAAAGCAGAGAUUGAGAAUUGGUCCAAUGCUACCGAUCUCGAGGCAGCAUUGCUCAUGUUGAAAGUCACAAUGCUGGCGAUUGUAGACGAGCCACUGUCAGAAUUUAGCUCACUAUCCCAAAUAUUACUGGAUCUCGAAAGUGCGAUUUUGGCACAGGAUAUCAGCCCGUGGACAGAGCAAGUCGAAGCGAUAUACGGUGAUCCCACCACGGCUGGCGAUCAAGCCCCAGAAUGGACAUCCGGUGUCUUGUGCGCUGACCAGAACAACAAGUUUUACAACAAAACGCUACAAGACCUAAGACUUCAGCUCAACCAGCUUGAAGACCAGAGCAUCAUCGGGGAAGUCUGGAGCAAGCCAUUGCUUGAAUGUCUUGGGUGGUCAAUCAAGGCCAAGGAAAUAUUCAGUGGGCCAUUUGGUGGCGACACAGCAACACCUAUCCUCUUCGUCAGCAACACAUACGACCCAGUGACACCCAUUGAAAACUCAAUCUCCUCUGUGCCGAACUACAAGAAUGCCCAGUUGCUCACUAUCGACGGAAUGGGGCACACCGCCAGCGCUCCCGUGAACUACUGCGGCUUUGCCAAGAUGAAAGCCUAUUUCCAAACCAGCCAGCUGCCUGGCAAUGACUCCUUCUGUCCGCUUGAGGCAGGCCCUUUUGGGAUUGUCUUGAAUGGAACUUUGAAGGAAAAUAUACAACAAGCAGGUCUGUCUGAUCUCGUUCAAUGA